UUCCAUGCAUGUGCCGCAAGAUUCGAUGCGACGAGAAAUCUUGGAAAGAUUUUGGUUUUUGGAUGAACUAAACAAAGCCUCAGAGAACGAUUCUAAUUCUGAGCUUCGCAAUUUUGUCAUCCCGCAAAUGUGAUUUGCAAAUUUGCCAUUCUGAAAGGAUGCAAACCCUCAAAUAUGCUCUGAACAGAAUUUUGAUGUAAUUUUUUUUUUUUUGCCAUGUCUUAUUUCACUCCCCGUUUAUCUAUUCGUUCACGCGAAUUCGGGAGAGGACAAACUCCCCCGCCGCGGACGAGACCUAGCUAAGCCGCCGGCGCCGCCCUGUCGAUCUGCGCCAGGCCACCGGCGCUACCUCCUCCGUCCGCGUAAGCCACAAGUUCUGCGGCGGCGAUGGCGCUCUCCUCCUCCCGGUCGCACCACCUCCUGUGCCCGCUCCUCUGGGGCUUCCACGCCUCCGCGCGGACCCUGGCAUGGGUGGAACCGCACGAGUUCUCCAAGCCCAGCAGGUACCUGGGCAGCUGGGAGCUUGUGGCGGAGCCCCGGGAGGCAUGGGCGCGGCUGGACCGGCUGCGCAAGGGGUACGCGCGCGACGUGCAGCUGCGGCGGCAGUACGCCUACGAGGUGCAGCUGAUGGAGGCCGAGCGGCAGCGGAAGGCCGAGGCCGCCCGCAUCGCCAACCAGGAGCGCAGGGCCGCCAAGCUCGCCGCCGCCCAGACGCGCGCCGCCGAGCGCCGCGCGUUCGAGGAGGACUUCUGCCAGACCCUCGUAGGCUUCGAUCCCUCCUGGCGCGGACGGAGGAGGCAGCGCCGAUGGCGUGGCGCAAAUCGACGGGGCGGCGCCGGCGGCUUGGCUCAUGCGUUGUCCCCUCCCGAAUGCGCGUGACCGUCUCCCGUGAACGAAUGGAUAAGGAGGAGGGGCAAAAACGGGAGAGAAAUAAGACGUGUCAAAAUAAUUUCUUAAAUUACAUCAAAAUUCUGCUCAGAGCAUAUUUGAGGAUGUGCAUCAUUUGAGAAUGACAAAUUUGUAAAUCCCAUUUGUAGGAUGACAAAAUUGUGAAGGCCAGUUUUCAUAAUGGCAGAAUUACCAUUUUCUCGUUUCUUA